CAUGGCAAUGAACAUGGCGAUGGUUUGCUUCAUAGCAAUAGCAACAGUCAGUUUACUCGCAUCAGUAGCGCGCUGUGAGCCAAACUAUCAACCCCAGCAACAACCGGGUGGAAAUGACUUUAGUGGCGCUGGUGGAGGUGUUAACAACGGAAAUGCGCUCUACAGUGGGCAACAGCAACAGCAGCAGCAGCAGCAGCAACAGAGACCUUAUCCACCGGCGGGAGCUCCAUCUCGCUUUCGGCAAGCGGCUCCGGCCACGACUCCAGCUCCUACCUUCUUCCAGCGUAUCUCAAAUUGGUUUUCCUUCCUGGGAGACGAUAGCGAUGAACGACGACCACCGAUACAGCAACAACAGCAGCCUCAAAUUCCACAACUUCCACCACAGCGACACCUGCCGCCACAACAGUACAACAACCCUCAGCCAACACCAUCGGUGCAGACUCAGCAACAGCUCCAGUUUCAACAGCAACAACUUCAAUAUCAGCAACAGUAUCCGCCACAGCAACCACAACUCCAGCAGCCAAUUCAGCAACCGUUUCCUUAUCCGUUUCAAAUUCGUAACGGAAGCAGAGCGACGCAGCUAGCUCCCCAACAGCAGCAGCCAGCCGUCAGCGUUGGCUUCCAACCCAGCGCUCCAGUAAUACAGGAAAGUGGUUCGAGUUAUCAUGCUGCGGUAGCACCAGGGGUGCCACAAAACACGUUCGUACCGUCCACACUGCAGCAACAGAUCGUUCCGCAGGUGAACGUAUUUCGUGAUCCGGAGCCAACUACCGGCAGGACGCCACCUGUAGCGCACAAUGGCGACGUUAAUUACCAUCCGUGCAAUAAUGUGCCCUGGGUUCCGAUAGCAGCACCACCCGAAUAUCCAAGCGCUGUCGGUGGAACGGGCGGUGGUCCUCCAAAAUCACCAGCACCACCAAGUGUGCCGAAUCGACCACCACCACCGAUCAAGCUACAAACGGCUCACAAGGGACAGGUUCAAUCGGUAAGCCCAUACUCCGGUGCUCCUUCCGGUCCGGCAAGCCCACUAGAACCAGCUAUUAUUACUGCUGCUCCACAAGCACAGCAGUUGAUUCAACUGCAACUUCAACAGCAGCAACAUCAGCUUCAAAACCUGCAACUACAGCAACUUCAGCUUCAACAGCAACAACUUCAGCAGCAACUCCAGCAGCUGAAAACCACCACCACGAGUGCUCCCGUUCCAGCGGUGGGAGCUCACUUUAUUACGAAAACGCCGGACGUGUUGGUGACGGCUGGACCAUCAUCAACGCUUCAACCGAUCACGCUACGUCAGGUGUCGGCAUCUUACUUCACCAACAAGGAGUAUGCACCGCCGGCCAAGCUACUACCGAUUCAGAACGAAGGGAAACCGCUCGCACCAAUUCCUCUGCCGAACCUGAGUGCUACUCCCAUACCACCGCUCUACACGGCCGGAUCAUUCCACAACGAUCCGUACAAGUUCUAUCGACCCUACCGACCGGUAGAGCCCAUCCUAGAGCUUGGUCACGGUUAUCCUACGUCUUCCAAAUCAAAGUCCAACAGCUACAUCCGAUAUCCGCACGAGCCGACCAACACGAAGAAUGAUUCCAUCUUUGACGUAGAACAAUUCGCAUCGUCUGCUUCCUCAUCCAUCUACACUACGGUGGCGUAUUCCAACGGUGAGGACUCAAAGCCUGAAGCAUCCGAGAAGCGUAAUGUGGCUACAAGUAGUAAUGGAAACAGUGGAGCAAGUAUUCCGCACAAGGAAGGUGCCAACGUCGAUGAUGCGGAAUACGAUUCGGAAGAAGAUGAGCAUGGACCACCGGUAAUUCGUACUACGAUCGAAGUUUCGAGCGUUGUGCCCCAGACACGCUACUACGGAUCAACGACUACACCCUUCCCUCCAUCUUCACCAAAGCCGGAACGAUACAGUACCUUUCCAACACCGGCCCCGUCCGAUCUUGGCAACGGUGUGCAGAUUAUUUACUCGGCCAAUUUGCGGACUAAUCCUCCGGUCAAUACGGUGAACAAUCAGCUGAACGAUGAGGAAGAUACAACGGAAGCGGCCGCCCAGCGAAUCGUCCAAACUACAUCCCGUCCAGCAACGACCACUCCGGAGCCUGAAACGACACCUCCCACUGAUCUCUACUCGGAACCGUUCCAUAUAGGAUCGAGCUUGCCGAUGGAGUUCCAAAAGCAACCCACACCAGAACCUGCCAGUCAGUUGACGGACACAGCGUCGACGAGUGAUGAGACACCGGUAACGACAGUGACGCCUCUUCCUUCCUCACUGACUGCAACGUUCGGUGGAUACCAGAAUCUAGUGUCCACUAAGAAGCCGAAACAGAUUCAGAUCAUAAUUCCCUACCACACGUACAAGAAACCAGAACCGUUUAAACCGCUACCAGCUCAGGAUAGUUUGGAUGAUUUAGAUUACAACGCACCGGAAGAGUCGAGCAUCGUAACUUCCAAGCAUUCGGGACACUCGGGACCAACACCACCGUCCGGCAAUGCCAUCCAGCAGUCAACGAAACCCAAAACACGCUUCAUUGAGAAUGAUUCGGUCAAGUAUUUCCAAUCCACUACGCAUCUAAAAGAGAUUCUCCAGAAGGAAACGACACAACCGUUCAUGAGGCCAGCAAUGAAAACGCCUCCCAAACCGGUCAAAUCGAUAAAGAAGGUCCGACCGGUAGAGAUCUCCAAAGAGUCAAAACCAUUUACCGUGCGGAUACCGAAGAUGACACCACUGCCCCCGGUUGUAAGCUUAAGCAGUUUGACUAGCGUACGCGGUGGAAUGGAACGCCACACCACGCCACUGCCCGAUGGGUCACGAACUCCGUCCCCGCCGGUAGCGCUGUCCAAGUACGUGAAACCCGUCACCCCGCACUACGUCAACGUGACCCGUGUUAAGAUCUCUCCGACGACAUACGCGCAAAAGUCUCGUACGACCAUCUCGCAGUUGCUGCGCACGACUAAAAUUAUUCCAAAAGGUCCGAAGCUGUUCGGUAACGAUUUGCUCGUAUCGGAAACGAGCCGCACGGUGAGACCGCCGCUAUCGCCGGCAUCUACCACAUACCAGCAGCAUCGCCGCACGACAUUCCUUACGACACCGUCUACAACCCCGAAAACUACGACCACCACUACAACGACGGAGGAACCGCCGGUGCAGGAGCAGGCGGACCAGUUUGCUAGUCCCGGAGACAAUACGGUUGGGCCGAUCUACGAGCGCACAAUCGAUUGGGAUAUUGAUCCGAACGAGUUGCAGCGAAAGAUUGACACGUGGACCGAGCAAGAGUUCGGUGCGGAUGACUUUGCGCGGAAAGCUAGCACACUGUCGCUGCACCGUGUCACCAAAGCUAUACCCUGGGAGUUCUUGACGUCGACGAUGUUGCCCGCGUUGCACGACAAACCUGGCAAGAGUAGUCGGUCCGGGUGGCAGCAUGUCAAGAUUGCCAUAUCGCCAAUUACCAAGGAAAAGAUCUACGUCGUUACACCGCAACCGUGGACGGCGGCUUUGCUGAACAAUCAUCAUGAACAUCCACACCAUAACCAUCAUCACCAUCAUCAUCAUUCUCAUCCGCAGCAGCAAGUGCUGGAGGAACGCAAUGGACGGGUAUUGACACCGCGGUUCAGUGUGCGACCAACGCCUCUUUACUACAAGGGAGGAGGCAUCUACCAGACCGGCUCAUCGACGGUGGAUGUUUCACCCGAAUCUGUAAACGAUCUACUGGAACAGAAGCCGAAGCAUCGAUUCAGCAGUAGCAGUAUCACCGCCGGCACUGGCACAAAGGUGAAACACCUUCUCCAGCAGCGAAAGUACGUCCGGAAGAAACUGCCCUACGGUGGAAGUUCGGGCACGGGCCGGCUCGCCAGUUCCAGCCGGGAGGAUGUGUAG